UCACUGUCGGACCUUAUAAUCCGAGCGGUGCGCUUCUCCAACGCGCAGAAAGGGGCUUCGUUGGCCCACAUUAAGAAAGCGCUCAUCAGCAACGGUUACGACGUGGUGCGGAAAGGCGACCGCUUUAGAGAGGCGCUCAGGACUUUGAUCAACAAGGGGGUCCUGCAGCGAGUGACAGGCAGAGGCAUCGCCGGUUCGUUUCGCAUCGGGCGCCUCGGUAAGAAGCAGUUGGAGGGAACCAGAGGGCGGCGAAAGGAGGCCGGUGGCGCCAGUGAGUUCACCGCACGGAGGAAGAGGGAGCCGAGGCGUGGUGGUAACAUCCCUGCGAAGCGGUCGAAGAGGAAGAGAGCGCGGGAGAACGUGGCGGCAUCGACGGAAUCGGAGGCGUAG